AAUUUCCCAAAUUCCCAGUAAACCCCCCGAGCGAAGCGAACGAACCAAUUCUCCUCUCUUCCUCCGCACGGAACAGCGCCGCGCCGCGACUCGCCGCGAAGCCAUGGCGGCGCGCGCUCGCCUCCGCCUCGUCCUGCCCCCGCUCGCGGCGCUGCUCCUCUUCGCGCACCUCGCCGCCGUCGCGGUGGCGCGGCCGCGGUGGGAGGAGGAGGGCAGCAACCUCCGCCUGCCGUCGGAGCGCGCCGUGGCGGCUGGCGCGGCGGCGGACGACGCUGCCGAGGCCGCCGAGGGCACCAGGUGGGCCGUCCUCAUCGCCGGCUCCAACGGCUACUACAACUACCGCCACCAGGCGGAUGUCUGCCAUGCCUACCAGAUCAUGAAGAGGGGCGGGCUCAAGGACGAGAACAUCAUCGUCUUCAUGUACGAUGACAUCGCGCACAACCCGGAGAAUCCGAGGCCUGGUGUCAUCAUCAACCAUCCCCAGGGUGGCGAUGUCUAUGCUGGGGUCCCGAAGGAUUACACUGGGAAGGAGGUUAAUGUCAAAAACUUGUUUGCUGUUCUGCUCGGUAACAAAACUGCUGUCAAAGGUGGGAGUGGCAAAGUCCUGGACAGUGGCCCCAACGAUCAUAUUUUCAUUUUUUACAGUGACCAUGGGGGUCCUGGUGUCCUUGGGAUGCCAACCUAUCCAUACCUCUACGGUGAUGAUCUUGUAGAUGUUCUGAAGAAGAAGCAUGCUGCUGGGACGUACAAAAGCCUGGUCUUUUACCUUGAAGCCUGUGAAUCUGGAAGCAUCUUUGAGGGUCUAUUGCCAAAUGGCAUCAAUGUUUAUGCCACCACUGCAUCAAACGCUGAUGAGAGCAGCUGGGGAACAUACUGCCCUGGGGAGUACCCGAGCCCACCUCCGGAGUACGACACAUGCCUAGGGGACUUGUACAGCGUUGCUUGGAUGGAAGACAGCGAUGUCCACAACCUGAGAACUGAAUCACUCAAGCAGCAGUACAAUCUCGUCAAGGAAAGGACAUCUGUGCAGCACACAUAUUACUCUGGGUCACAUGUGAUGGAAUACGGUUCUUUAGAGCUGAAUGCCCAUCAUGUGUUCAUGUACAUGGGUUCCAAUCCGGCUAACGACAAUGCUACAUUUGUGGAAGAUAACUCGUUGCCAUCGUUCUCAAGGGCUGUUAAUCAGCGGGAUGCUGACCUGGUUUACUUCUGGCAGAAGUACCGCAAAUUGCCUGAGAGUUCUCCUGAGAAAAACGAAGCUCGGAAGCAAUUGCUUGAAAUGAUGGCACACAGAUCUCAUGUUGACAACAGUGUUGAGCUGAUCGGAAACCUUCUCUUUGGCUCUGAGGAAGGCCCAAGGGUUCUAAAGGCUGUUCGUGCAACUGGCGAACCUCUUGUUGAUGACUGGAGUUGUCUCAAGUCUAUGGUACGCACUUUCGAAGCACAAUGCGGCUCGCUAGCGCAGUAUGGAAUGAAGCAUAUGCGUUCCUUUGCAAACAUCUGCAAUGCUGGCAUCUCUGCUGAAGCGAUGGCAAAGGUUGCUGCGCAGGCUUGCACCAGCAUUCCCUCCAACCCCUGGAGUUCCACCCAUAGGGGUUUUAGUGCUUAAAUCAUAGGUGAAGAAAACUUAGCAAAUAUUCUCAGCUCCUGCAAUAUACCCAAGUUAUCUUUUUCUCUUGCCCCUGUAGUUUGAUGAUCGAUUGGGGGCAGUAGUGCUUGAACCGUAGGUGAAGUCUGAAGAACUGUGCAUUAUUUCAGAUGCUCCACCAUCCCAAAUCAUCUAAAUUGUUCUCGUUCUCUGGUGUACAUACCAUAGCAGGAAAAUUGAUAUGGCAAUAUUACCUGCCAUCAUUGCUGUACAUACUUAUAGCUUGCUAUAUGUAGUUUGUAGCUACAUAUAUAAUAUGAUAAAUGCAUUGCUGCUAUUUUACAUGA